UCCACUGGCAUUUCCUGUGUUCUCUGUGUACCAGCUGUGUGCGGCGGCAGCUGGAUGCUUUCUUCCUGAACCGCUACAUAGCUGCCGAACUUCAGCGCCUUCAGAACCGGGUUGUCCUUCUGUUUCCACGGAAAGCACAGCGGAUCUGCUUGGGGUUUUGGUGGUUUUUUUUGGACACAACCUGAGCGCUUUGGGUCGGGUUUAUUCAGCUCAAAUCGAGUCAUGAAGGGCGUCUGUGCUGUCGGGUGUCCACUUUUUCCUGGAGGACAUCCAUGAUUUUAACCAAUUCCUCUUUAAACCGGCCGGUGUUUACUCGGGACUAGUGUUCUCCUUCUCCAGACUGUUUCUCACUUCCAUCCGAGAUCGCGGCUCUUUUACAGGAUACUGACGUUCAGAUUGAAUGGUGUGAGAUACCCUGCUAUUUUAGUCGUUACAAAUACAAAAAGAAAUAAAACCCGAACUAAAUAAUUAAUUAGGUUUCCAUCUAACGUCAUUUACGAUCACUCAACUGAAGUGUGCUCUCGCCGUGAUGUGGGAUGAUGAUGAUGAUGGAGGGGUUUGGAGCUCAUGUUAGCUAGUUUGCUAACCCGCUAGCUCUGUUGCCGUUUACGAGGGGGCGAAGUUGCAAAAUCAACCGAUCGUUAUCAUCAUCAACAUCUUCAUCAUCGCCGACAAGGAGAAGCUCAGAUUGACACCUCAGCCUCAAGCGAUACUUGAGGGGGUAUGAACUCGCCCCUUGGAACCAAAAGAUAAAUCUUUGUGGGGAAAGUGUGAGCAGCACCAGUGGCUUUCAUUAUUAUGAGGCUGAUGUUUGGGGGUGAAAGCGAGAGCUGCUAAACCGCUUUAGUGGAGUGUGACAGCUGACAGGAGCUCUCUCCAUCUCGUUGACCACUACGUUGCCGAGCCGAGUCUCCGCUAUAAAUCACCACAACUUCGUCAUAGGCAUCCAGCGUUUGCUGUCUCUGAUACUUCUUCAUUGAACGCCUCAUUAAUGACACUGAACGUUGCUAAAAAUGACUGACAGUCUGGCAGACGAGAUGAAGGAGGAGAAUCUGUUCCGUCGGCGAUUCUCUCUGUGUCCCACGACUACCACUCCACCUAAACUAGACCCACGUACUCUCGGCCGGAACCUGUCGUAUGGAGGGGAAAAUGAUGUGGACGCGAUCAGCCCAGGCAGUGAGUCGGAGAAGAAUGGAUUGCCUUUACCGAAAGAUGAGGUCAGCCCAGGCCAGUCUCCUAGCAGUGCCUCAGAAUCGAAGAUGUUCAUAGGUUUGGAGAAGGAGAGCUCCUCACCCACUGAGAAGCUGGCUAGAAAGGAAUCUCUGAAGGUUCAGAAAAAGAAUUAUCGCCAAGAAAAGAAGAGGGCAGCCAAAGAAUUAUUCAGUGCUCUUAAAGACCCCAGUGUGGUCAUUAUUUCUAAUUGGUUAAAGAUCCGGGGGUCACUGAAGAGCUGGACGAAGCUGUGGUGCGCACUGAAGCCUGGGGUUCUCCUGAUCUAUAAAACACCAAGCUCUGAGCACUGGGUCGGGACUCUCAUCCUCAAUGCCUGCAAACUUAUUGAACGGCCCUCAAAGAAAGAUGGCUUCUGCUUCAAACUUUACCACCCAUUAGACAAGUCCAUCUGGGCCAUGAAGGGUCCUAAAGGAGAGACAGUUGGCUCCAUCACACAGCCUCUUCCUAGCAAUUACCUGAUUUUUAGAGCAGCAUCUGAGUCUGAUGGGCGAUGCUGGAUGGAUGCGUUGGAGUUGGCUCUCAGCUGUUCCAGCCUGUAUAAGCUGACUGCAAAGAGCUGCAGGGACGGGGACCUGAGCAGCUCUUCAGAGUCCUCCCAUAUACUCCAUCUCCUGCAGUCCACUGCCCUUAGUGACCAGGAACUGCUACAGUUGAAUGACUCCAUGCUUGAAAACAAUCAGAUGGAAAAUGAAUCAGAGAGAGAGGCCCAUGAGGACUCGGAUAACGCAGCCAAUGAAAAUGGUGGGAGAUUAACUGAGGAGAGCGAUGUGGACCAAACGGAUGACAUUUUGCCCUGCCUCCAAGCAACUGUCUAUGUUGAACAAGGCCAGGAGGAAAUGGGAGAGGCUGGUGAAACAUCACAGGUGGAGACGGUGUCUGAAGAGAAUAAAGGAUUAAUCUGGACAUUGCUAAAGCAGCUGAGGCCUGGCAUGGACCUGUCCAAAGUAGUCUUGCCCACCUUCAUCCUAGAGGCACGCUCAUUCCUGGACAAACUGUCUGACUAUUACUACCAUGCCGACCUGCUGUCCCAGGCAGUCGUAGAGGAAAACCCGUACUGCAGGAUAAAGCAAGUUUUACGCUGGUACUUGUCAGGCUUUUACAAAAAGCCUAAGGGUCUGAAAAAACCAUACAACCCCAUUCUCGGGGAAACAUUCCGUUGCUGUUGGCUGCAUCCUCAGACUGACAGUUGUACCUUUUAUUUAGCAGAGCAGGUAUCUCAUCACCCCCCUAUCUCUGCUUUCUAUGUGAGCAAUAAGAAGGAUGGCUUCAUUAUUAGUGGUAGCAUCCUGGCCAAGUCCAAAUUCUACGGGAAUUCUCUAUCAGCAAUACUUGAUGGGAAGGCCAGACUACUGUUUCUAACUCGUGAUGAGGAAUAUGUCAUUACAAUGCCAUACGCUCACUGUAAAGGCAUUCUGUAUGGUACAAUGUCUCUGGAGCUUGGCGGAAAAAUCACCAUUGAUUGUGAAAAAACUAAAUAUUCUGCUGAACUUGAAUUCAAAUUGAAGCCUUUCCUCGGCAGCUCGUGUAAUGUUAACCAGAUUUCUGGAAAGAUCCGUUCCGGAGAGGAAGUGCUGGCCACAGUGGAAGGACACUGGGAUGGUGAAGUGCUUCUCUAUGAGAAGAAGACAGGCCACCAGGAGGUGCUGUGGAACCCCACACCUGAUGUGCGAAGUCAGCGGCUGAAGAGGCAGGUGGUGCAGUUUGAUCAGCAGGGACCCUUUGAGUCAGAACGGUUAUGGCAGCAUGUCACCAGUGCCAUUAUUGCCAAGGACCAGAACAAUGCUACACAGGAGAAGUAUGUGCUGGAGGAAGCACAGAGGCAGGAGGCACGGCAAAGAGGAGACCGGCCCUGGAACCCACACCUUUUCACCCUGAAUCCCAUCACCAAUGAGUGGAGCUACAAAUACAUAGACACUAAACCAUGGGAUCCUGACCGCUGCCUGGUUCAGUUUGAGAAAGAUAGCAUAAUUCAAACCAAAGAAAAGCCCCGACGUCAGCACAAUGGCUUCACCUACAGCCAAAACUGGAGCAGCCAGCAGAAGGCCCAGGUUCACGGAAAGCACAGGAAGUCGAGCAGCCAACCAUCCAGCUGUAGUCAGAACACUGAAAGCAGCAGCAGCACACCAGAGCCGACACACGAAUCCUCUGACAAUGAAGGUUUUGGCAGAGAGUGUGCCAGAUGUAAUAAGGAAAUGAAGGACUUAUCACAAAUAGAGGUUUCUAUAGCAUCCAUACAGAAAUCCCAGCAGGACAUUCAAAGAAAUCUGAGUGUGUUGAGUCGUGAGCUGAUGCGACGGGCGGAGCAGAGUGUGCAUCUGAGCGUCCAUCACUGCCUCGUUCUGUGUCUUCUGCUGCUCUUCCAAUUUCUCGUCAACUAUGUCUUCAGCUGAGAGGCCUUCCUCCAGUUGCUCUGAGACCAUCACAUCACAAGUCUUGCCUAGCAAUAAACACAGUAAUAAACUGAACACUACACAGCUCCUGAGGGUCCCUCUGACUGUAGCUCCAGGCACUCAGCACUUCAGAGACACAGAGCACGAGACUCUUUUUCGUUUUGUUUUGUUUUGUUUUUUGUGUUUUUUAACCAAUGAAAGAUGGAGGGAAAAGUGUAUCGUUGCCGCUCUUGCUGAUGGACGAUGGAUGCAUAACUUAUUUUAUUUGUCUUUUUUUUUCCAUUUUCAUGCAGCUGUGAGUGUGAGGGUGUGAAUGAUGGCGAGCGGCACACGUGACUCAGAUCAUCUCCCACUCCAUUUAAAAAUGUUGGGCCUUAACGCUGAUGCCAAAUAGAAAAGUCAAAAGAGAAGAAUAGUCUGUGGAAGAACAUCCAUCAGUGCAGUUCUGCGUGCUUGUGUUCAUGUCCGAUCAAACAAUAUGACUCCAUUUAAACUAAUCAUUUUACCAAAACAGUAUUCCUCAGUUAUGGAAUUGUGUUUACAUGUUUGUUUCUGUACCUUCUGUUUAAAAAAAAUGCACUGUUGCCAAAUGAUUAAUUGUUCGGAUGAAGGAAUGAAUAAAUGCUACACGUCCUAAUGAAAUUAGAAUGAACAAUCAGCCAUAGGCCUGAAUACAGAUCUGUGAGGCUAAUGAAGCAUUUGGGUUGGUACUGCUACAUUGUUGGCUUAUAUUGUCCUUGAAUUUCAAUGAAGACUUUUCUAAGAAAUAUGACGAGGGUUCUGUGAUUAAGUGUGUAAAUAUUUGUUAGGAACGCAAUGCCAUUUUAAAUGAAAUCAAGAAUGUAUUUAUUAGAUUCUUCCUUUUUUUUUUUUUUUUUUUUUUUUAAUCAUGCUAUUUUAAACAAAAUUAUGCAUCGCACUCAUUCAGGUUUUCUGGGAGCAAUAUGGUAAUUGUUCUUCCGCAAAAAGUGGAAUAUUGAGGCAGGGAUGAAGAAGGCCAGCUGUUCUCUCGUCUGCCUGUAUUGUAUAUACACCAGAUAAACUGUAGAGCCCUUUUGUGAUUUGACUUUGAGCACAGAGAUUUUCCAUUGUAGCUGAUGCAAGUUUAGCACGCUUGUUCAAAAAUGCACGUCUCAAGUCAUCGUAAGACUCCUUAAAUGUGAGAGUGGAGAGACGGAUGGCUAUACAUGCUUGUUUUAUGUUUUAUAUGCAUUUCACAACAGUCUGUAAAACUGUUCUAAAUGGAGAAAAAUACCAAUAGCUCACUGAAUGUCAAUUCUUAUUGCAUAUUGCAGCACUACAGUAAACUUUUCAACUUA